AUGGCUGGGGACAUCCUGUCCCUGAGGAUCAGGAAGCUCCAGAACCUUAUGUUCUCCCUGGGGUUGGAGACCAUCCAUAAAACUUCUAAAGAUACCCCUCAAGCCUGUCUGGUUGUAGGUGAAGGCCAAGCUAUGCAUGGCCAUGAUGGGGAGCUCAGCAAUGGGGGACAACAUCAAUCUCAAUUCCAUCUCAUCCCUUUGAAGACCAGCCACGGAGCCAUGUUGCCGGGCUGUCACCAUGAGAGGACUUUCAAUGGAUUCCAGAACCAGAAGAUUUCGCAUGAGGCUCUUUUGAAUCACUUCAAGCAAAAUAAGGUGGAGAUAGCAAAUGCAAUAACAAAGCCAUUUCCUUUCCUUGAAAGCCUCAGAGACCGCUCCUUUAUCACGGAAAAAAUCUAUAAAGAUUCUCAAGAAGCCCAUAGAAACUUGGUUCCGGUAGAGAAAGUGGUAUAUAAUAUUCUCUGCUACCUUGAGAAGACUUUUGAUAGGUCACUCCUACAAGUCCUGUUCAGCAGGGUUCAUCUGAAGGAGUAUCCCGAUUUAAUUCAUGUUCAUAGACUCUUCGAAAAUGGUUCAGUGUCCACAUCACCUGUGUUAGGUUCCGGGGCUCCCGGAGCUGGGGUGACCUGCACCUACAGUCACUGCCGCCCACCUGCCCCUGGGGAGAUGGCAGCUGUCGCCUCCCAGACACUGUUGUCCAUGGGAGCUGUAGUAAUUGAAGACAAGUAUUUUCCCCAGAAAAGUGAUAGCAAAGAGACACAAAAGACACCCAACACUGGGCCAAGCUGUGAACAAGUGCCCGAUGAAUCCGAAGUUUUAAGUAUGAAGGAGAGGAAGUCAGAGAAGGUGUGUGGCCUGCUGGACAAUGGACAAGCAUCCAGGGAGAGUGACGGGAGCACCAUUAACCUGCAGGCCCCCGGAUUCCAUGAGAAGACCAUCUGGAGCGGGGACAUUCCUGCCUAG